UUUAGAUCUUGCGAAUGACAUUCAACUUUUCAAGGUCGUGGCUGGUGAUGGAAGUGCCUGUCUCCUCUAGAAGAAACAUUUUUUCUUUCUGAAAUUCUCAACUACAACAACAAUAGACAUGGAGACUCCUAGUAAAGAGCAAAUGCUGAGAAAAUUGUUAGAGAUGAAAAAAGAACUGGCAAAGAAACAGAAAAAACUUGAGAAGUGUAAAAGGGCAGCCCAAGUGAGGGCAUACGUCAGAGCCAAAAUACAGGAGCACGAGAUGCAGGAAGAAACGUCAUUUGACAGUGCUGGUCAGCAUCUUAAUUAUAGUGAAGUGAGACCUGUUCUUGAGGUGAGACCCACUGAUGAAGUGAGACCUGUUUCUGAGGUGAGACCCACUGAUGAAGUGAGACCUGUUUCUGAGGUGAGACCCACUGAUGAAGUGAGACCUGUUUCUGAGGUGAGACCCACUGAUGAAGUGAGACCUGUUUCUGAGGUGAGACCCACUGAUGAAGUGAGACCUGUUUCUGAGGUGAGACCCACUGAUGAAGUGAGACCUGUUUCUGAGGUGAGACCCACUGAUGAAGUGAGACCUGUUUCUGAGGUGAGACCCACUGAUGAAGUGAGACCCACUGAUGAAGUGAGACCCACUGAUGAAGUGAGACCCACUGAUGAAGUGAGACCCACUGAUGAAGUGAGAACUGUUGCUGAAGUGAAACCCACUGAUAAAGUGAGAACUGUUGCUGAAGUGAAACCCACUGAUGAAGUGAGACCAGUUGAUGAUAAGAGACCUACUGAUGAAGUGAGACCUGUUGAUGAUAAGAGACCUACUGAUGAAGUGAGACCUGUUGAUGAUAAGAGACCCACUGAUGAAGUGAGACCAGUUGAUGAUAAGAGACCUACUGAUGAAGUGAGACCUGUUGAUGAUAAGAGACCUACUGAUGAAGUGAGACCUGUUGAUGAUAAGAGACCUACUGAUGAAGUGAGACCAGUUGAUGAAAAGAGACCCAAUGAUAGAGUCAACACUACAUCAGCCACCAAGUUGGGGCUGAACCUGUCUGUGGCACCACCUUGUUUCUCUAUCACAGAAUCCUUCCAGAUCUCAGGGACUGGCGCUGCUGGUGCCACCAUACCAGCUCCAGCCGUUAUCCCCACACACGCUUCUCUAACAGAUUCAGAGUUUUUCAGGAUUUUAGGAAUCAGCCAAUCAGAAAGAUGUAUGCAUGAAACAGUCUUGGAGCCCUCGGCCAAAAAACAGAAAAUUGAGCAACUCAGUUUAGCCAAAUCAGCCCAUUCAGUGGAGGCUGAGGGUCAGCAGUCUGUUGAUUCAGUCAAGUUUCAGCAGUCUGUUGCUUCAGUCAAGUUUCCUAGUCAGCAGUCUGUUGAUUCAGUCAAGUUUCAGCAGUCUGUUGAUUCAGUCAAGUCUCCUAGUCAGCAGUCUGUUGAUUCAGUCAAGUUUCAGCAGUCUGUUGAUUCAGUCAAGUAUCCUAGUCAGCAGUCUGUUGAUUCAGUCAAGUUUCAGCAGUCUGUUGAUUCAGUCAAGUUUCCUAGUCAGCAGUCUGUUGAUUCAGUCAAGUUUCAGCAGUCAGAUGAGAAAUGUGCAUCCACUAUUCCAGAAACUGAAAGAUGUCCUAGUGCAUUCUUGGAUUACACAGAACUUGAUGCCAUCCCAUACUCCCAGUUUGUGUUAGCUGAGGACUUCCUCUCAGAAUCUUCCCAGGGCACUCAGCCAACAGCAAGACGCAAGAGAAGUUCGGGUGCGUUGGUAAAGCGCUGCUCUCCAAGACUGGCCAGUUUGAGCUCUGGGACGUCUAGCUCAACUUCUCAGUCCAGCGCAGCACCAGGGGCACUCACCCAGCAGGCCAGGAAAUCACUGACCAGCCAGAAGACAGCAGUGGCCAGGAAAUCACUGACCAGCCAGAAGACAGCAGCGGCUAGGAAAUCACUGACCAGCCAGAAGACAGCAGCGGCUAGGAAAUCACUGACCAGCCAGAAGACAGCAGUGGCCAGGAAAUCACUGACCAGCCAGAAGACAGCAGCGGCUAGGAAAUCACUGACCAGCCAGAAGACAGCAGCGGCUAGGAAAUCACUGACCAGCCAGAAGACAGCAGUGGCCAGGAAAUCACUGACCAGCCAGAAGACAGCAGCGGCUAGGAAAUCACUGACCAGCCAGAAGACAGCAGCGGCUAGGAAAUCACUGACCAGCCAGAAGACAGCAGCGGCUGUCCUGUCCAUUUUUCAGUUUCUGAUAGAUGGCGCCACCAAAUCAGAACCUGCUCACUUUGAACUGCCUCGACUGUUUGAUCCAUUCAAGAUCAACAAACUAAAGGAGGCUGCACACACCAGACAGAUGGCCACAACAGGGGAAGCAGCAAGCAAUCUACGGCCAGAUGCCACGGCUGGUAGUGGCACAAACCAUAGUGUCACUGACACAAACCAUAGUGUCACUGACACAAAACAUUGUGACACUGAUACAAACCAUUGUACCACUGACACAAACCAUUGCGCCACUGACACAAACCAUAGUGUCACUGACACAAAACAUUGCAACACUGAUACAAACCAUUGCGCCACUGACACAAACCAUAGUGUCAAAUCUGUUGACGGAUGCAGCAACCUAACUGGCAAGGCUGAGGAAAAUGAUGAUGGCUUGUGUGAGGCAGACACAGGUCAGAUAUUUGCCAGAACUCUAGGACGUGAGUCACUUCCUCGCACAGAUAUCGUUACAUCAUCCCCUCACACAUUACAACCACUGCAACAAAUCAAAGAUUGUGACAUUGUUACAUCAUCCCCUCACACAUUACAACCACUGCAACAAAUCAAAGAUUGUGACAUUGUUACAUCAUCCCCUCACACAACACAACCACUGCAACAAAUCAAAGAUUGUGACAUCGUUAUAUCAUCCCCUCACACAACACAACCACUGCAACAAAUCAAAGAUUGUGACAUCGUUAUAUCAUCCCCUCACACAACACAACCACUGCAACAAAUCAAAGAUUGUGACAUCGUUAUAUCAUCCCCUCACACAACACAACCACUGCAACAAAUCAAAGAUUGUGACAUCAUUACAUCAUCUCACACAACACAACCACUGCAACAGAUCAAAGAUUGUGUCACCCCUGUCAGAGGCCAGCAAAGUUCAGUUAACAGAAAGCUGAACAGGAAGUUAUUUGGUUUCUCAUCCGGCCAAUCAAACAUCACUUCUAGGUACUUGGUCACCAUGUCAGGUAAAGAACAAUGUUCCAGAACUUGUCCAGAGAACAGUCAAAUUUUGUUCGAUCAAGAGCCAAACUUAAAUUCAGUAAAUCUCAAGUCUCCUAACAAAUCCUGCCCCAGCAUGGUUGGCAGGAAGAGAAGCAAGUCAUGUACAAACAGAACAGUCACUGUCAAGUUGAAAGAUGAUCCAUCCAUACCCAAACACAAGACACACAUGCACAAGUUGCCAGAUAAUCCAUCCACACCUAUAAGUAGGACACACAUGGAAAAGUUGCCAGAUAAUCCACCCACACCUAUAAGUAGGACACACAUGGAAAAGUUGCCAGAUAAUCCAUCCACACCUAUAAGUAGGACACACAUGGAAAAGUUGCCAGAUAAUCCAUCCACAUCUAUAAGUAGGACACACAUGGAAAAGUUGCCAGAUAAUCCACCCACACCUAUAAGUAGGACACACAUGGAAAAGUUGCCAGAUAAUCCAUCCACACCUAUAAGUAGGACCCACAUGGAAAAGUUGCCAGAUAAUCCAUCCACACCUAUAAGUAGGACACACAUGGAAAAGUUGCCAGAUAAUCCAUCCACACCUAUAAGUAGGAGACACAUGGAAAAGUUGCCAGAUAAUCCAUCCACACCUAUAAGUAGGACCCACAUGGAAAAGUUGCCAGAUAAUCCAUCCACACCUAUAAGUUGGACACACAUGGACAAGUUGCCAGAUAAUCCAUCCACACCUAUAAGUAGGACACACAUGGAAUUGACGCCCAUACCCAGGGCCCAUCCAAGCGAUGAGACUCCACCUCUGGCAGGGCAUGACAACCUGGCCACACCCACCAUUGGGACACCUGGGAAGAAAAUAUUUUCAUUAACAUCCACACCAAAGACAGCCAGUAGGGCGAGACUUAGCCCUUUCACAAACAGCAGGGCAAGACUUAGCCCUUUCACAAACAGCAGGGCAAGACUUAGCCCUUGGAUCAGACGCAGCUCAAAGCAGCCGCACUCAGUUAAGAUAAGCCCCGGAAGUUUGUCUACACUUGGGACAACGCCUGAUUCAGCAUCAUUGACGACAACGCCUGAUUCAGCAUCAUUGACGACAACGCCUGAUUCAGCAUCAUUGACGACAACGCCUGAUUCAGCAUCAUUGACUGUUUCAGACAAAACAACUUCAGGAAUUCUCUCUCCAAAAAACCUGACACCUAGGUUCACUGUUGGACCUAGCUCAAUCUUUGGAGAGACAUAUCAAGAAUUCAGUGCCCACAAUAUGUCACAUCUAGGAGAGACAGACAGGGACUUGAGAGUCUCCAAUAUAUCACAUCUAGGAGAGAUAGACCAGGAGUUGAGAGCCCACAAUAUGUCACAUCUAGGAGAGACAGACCUAGACGUGAAAGUCUCCAAUAUGUCACAUCUAGGAGAGACAGACAGAGACUUGAGAGUCUCCAAUAUAUCACAUCUAGGAGAGACAGACCAGGAGUUGAGAGCCCACAAUAUGUCACAUCUAGGAGAGACAGACCAGGAGUUGAGAGCCCACAAUAUGUCACAUCUAGGAGAGACAGACAGAGACUUAAGAGUCUCCAGUAUGUCAGAAACCUUUUACACUGAUGAAAGUUACUUGUCUGCAGCACAUGGCAGCUCAGUGUUAAAGGAGCCGUCACUGGGCCAUGGGGUUGGGCCAUCACUGGGCCAUGGGGUUGGGCCAUCACUGGACCCUGGGGUUGGGCCAUCACUGGACCCUGGGGUUGGGCCAUCACUGGACCCUGGGGUUGGGCCAUCACUGGGCCAUGGGGUUGGGCCAUCACUGGGCCAUGGGGUUGGGCCAUCACUGGGCUCUAGGGUUGGGCCAUCACUGGGCCCUGGGGUUGGGCCAUGGAGAAAAGCCCCCAAAACCCCCAGCACACCAGUGCAGGUGUUGGAAGACAGCUUGCCCCAGCAACUUCCUGUUGUUUACACGCCCACCAGAAGAAUGCCAAGGUCAAGGUCAUUUAAUUCUCUGUCUGCAGGCGAGGGGCUUCUCAAAUUCUCUGGAUGCUUUCAGUCAGGUUCACAAGAACCAAUCAUCAGUCUGCUCUGUGGCCAUGUGACCUGCCAGGGUGGAGAGAGGAAAGAUUUUCUAGUCAGUGUCCAGGCAGCGGCACUGACAGUGUGGACACAGGACACUGACGUGGGCUGGUCAGUGGAACUGGACUGGAGGCUUUCUCAUGAGAUCCAGUUAGUGCAAGCCCACUUGUUACCUGCAGCAGAGAGACUGGCACUUGUGGCCAGUGGUUGGGAGAGGAACCAGCUGCUCACCUGUCUCUUUACCUAUGACUUCAGCACUGAGGACACCCAACGCUUCCACAUUCCAUUACUUGACUUCAGCACACAAUUAAGCAGAUCACCUGAGCAUGUUGAACUCUGUGUCAUGUCGACCACUCUCCUGUUGCUUGGAGUGACCAGCGAGGCUUCCCAUCUUGUGGGGAGGGUGGACUUGGCAGCUGACCACUCCCAGGUUCUGGCUGUCUCUCUCUUUGGGAAACAACGUGGGCGACUUGUUUCACUCGUUGUAGUAGAGGGGAUCAAAUCUGCAGGGCUGGCUCUCUCAGCCAACCAGAACAUUUGUAUAUGGAACACGACCAUUGGAGCUGUGUUGAAGAGCAUACAGCUGCCCCACUCAGUGCCUUGUUUGUCUGGGCUUGUUGCUGCCAAGGCCAGCUAUGGGCUGCUUGUGCUGACUGUAGUCUGGAGUAAAGAUGGGGAGGAGGCUGGAGGAAUUGUUGCUGUCAACCCAGUCACCUCACAAGCUGUGCCACUCAUGGAGUACCCCACCCCCAGCUCCUGGAGAAGGCUUGAGGUCAGCAAGAAAGAAAAAGGUCUGAUUGGCGCAGUAAGUGACAGAGGUUCCGUGUGUGUGUGGGCCGCCAGUAGUGGGAAGGUCCUGGCCCAGACAAAGUCUGGCAUCACCAGCUGUGUGGGUGUGUCUGGCAACAGUUUGGUCACGGGCAGCAGACACGGCUGUUUACAUGUCUACAGUCUCUGUGUGCCAGUCUGAUCAGUCAAAUAAAAAUGUGAGAACUUGUAGUUUACAUGUCUACAGCCUGUUUGCCAGUCUGAUCAGUCAAAUAAAAAUGUGAGAACUUGUAGUUUACAUGUCUACAGCCUGUUUGCCAGUCUGAUCAGUCAAAUAAAAAUGUUAUUUAGUUUACAUGUCUACAGUCUCUGUUUACCAUUCUAAUCAGUCAAAUAAAACUGUUAUUUAGUUUACAUGUCUACAGUCUCUGUUUACCAUUCUAAUCAGUGAAAUAAAAAUGUUAUUUAGUUUACAUGUUUAUGGCCUAGUAGCCAUC